GCAUGGCUGCCACGCCUGGUCCUCUGGACCGUCGGCUCCAGAUUUCUCCAUAGCUCAACAGAGACAUGCAAUCCCAGAAACCAUCAAUAAGGUUAUUUUCAUCUAGAGAGGGUAAAGAGUCGGAAGUCUGUAAUAAGAGUAACUGUUUGCAGUGGAAACUUGUGCAAAGCAUUGAACCGUCCGAUCCUGUUAGCCUCAGCAUCUGGUUCAUAAUUCAGAAAAAGUACUGUAUCAUGGUUGACAUCUGCCGGUAUAGGGCCGGCCUGUAGGCCAGUAAGUAAGCUUCAAUGACGAACAUAUGGAUUAUGGAAGAAAGCGACUGGCAGAGCUGGAAGCAUCAUGGUUUCAUGGACGACCCAGAUCCAUUGAAAGAGGGAUGAACAUGGAUGAUGGAGAGGUAGAAGUGUCAGAUCAGGUUUUGCUGCCGGAUAUUUAUGCGGCUGGUGAUAUCCAAGGAUCGACUUCUGUAGACAAUUUUCUUGACGAGUUUUCGAAGAUCACUCGGACAUGUACUCACACUCACACCUGUAACCCUCCUGGCCAUGAUGCAGCACACACUCACACUUGUUUCCACACACAUACCCAAGUCUUUGCAUCUGAGGAAGAUGACACGCCAAAUCACAAACAACAGUCCGUUACAAAAUCUAGGAGGCCUUCAGGAAACAGGGAAGCGGUACGGAAAUAUCGAGAGAAGAAGAAGGCACAGACAGCGUACUUGGAAGAGGAAGUCAAAAAGCUACGCCUCCUGAACCAGCAACUGAUCAGGAAAUUACAGGGGCAGGCAAUACUUGAAACUGAGGUUCUCAGGCUGAAGACUCUGUUGAUUGAUCUUAGGGGAAAGAUUGACAAUGAAUUGGGUGUUUUUCCUUACCAAAAGCAGUGUAAUUCCACUACUAGUUUUAGAAAGGGUGAUUGUAGCAUCCAAUCUGCAAGUGGAGGGAUUGGCCUACGGUGUGAGACUGACAUUCCAUGCCUUCACCCACACAUAGGGCCAUCUCUAGAAGCUGGAAUUGGUGGAAACACAAAAAUGGUUGUCAAUUGGGAAGGAAGUUGCCAACCUGCAGUUGUCAACUGUCAAGCAAACCUAAAUGCAUCUGUCACACAAAACAUGGCAAAUGGUGAAGCACAUCCUAAUUGCUUGAUGCCAGACACCUUGGACUCAUUGGGGACCAUGGUCUCAUCUAAAUCUCAAGCUGAAUAACCAGAGGGAGGAUCUUAGUUGUAAGUUGAUUAUGCUGCCUACCAAGUACCAAGCUCACUAUCUUGUGGUUGCUUUUGUAUUUUUGCUGACAUUGGUGAACUUACAAAUAGAUUUCUCCAUUGUAUAAUAUAUGAUAAGUGGUAACUUGUAGCACCUAAAAGUUAAGUUCAACAUAAAAUACAGAAAGAUCCUUCAUCUAGUUAGUUAAUAGAACUUUGUACUUGGGUGAGAAAGCUCUCCUUUCUUACAUGUUGAACUGGCUUUUAAGGCAGCCUGGCUACCUGUAAUGUACAUAAAACCAUCUUUUUUGUUCUAGAUAGAUGUAAAUGAAAAUAUAGAGUACAAUCUUUUUA